GUCUCUCUUUCAGCAGCGAAUGUAUUUUUGUGGUCGCUUGGAAAUUCCACCCUCGAUCAUUAUAAUGCCUGUCGGAGCCCGGACUUCGUACAUUCACUGAAAUUUGCCUGGUGUUGCAAGUGUUUAUUUCUUGGAUUACUGCACUUUUGUGGAUACGAGUUACUGGUAUACCUUGUGAAUUAAGUAUUUCAACGUGUCUCGCUGCAUAAUGGAAGACGAUAUUCAAGCCGAUUGUGAAGGUUAUGGGCAUGGGAACAGCAGGCGGUUACACGCUGCGAAUAUGUCGACCAAGAAGUUCAACAGUAUUGAAGACCAAGAGGAUUCUGCCUUGGGGUCUCUUGGCUAUGUAUCAGGGGAUCUGAAUAGUCUCAGUAUUGUAGACUUUCCAGUGGUUGAGGAGGAGAAAGAGCAAGAACAACAAAAGAACAACCCUUCCUUUGACAUUGUGGACUCGUUCAGGGGAUUAGAUAUUGUUGGCAGAGCACAGUCACAGAGUUCGCAGACAGAUUCAAACAGAUGUGAUUCAGGACUAGUUGAGGACCGUCCUAGCAUUGACUCUGUAGAAAGAUGUGAAUCCAACAUUCGAAAGGAGCAUUGGGUAUCUCCUAAUUUUUCAUCGGAACAAGUGAUGGACAUCUUCAGAGGAGAUGAAGACGGUGACAAUCACUUGCACCUGAGCAUAAUCCAUGGGCUGCCAGAAGUAACAAUGCAAGUAAUAGGCUUAGCCCCUGAUGGGGAGUGGCUGAGCCAAACGAACAAUAUGCUGCAAACGCCUCUCCACAUAGCUGUUAUCACGAGACAGGUUGCGGUUGUGAGGAGACUCAUGUGUGCUGGUGCUUUUGUUGAUGUUCAAGACCAAAUGGGAAACACACCUCUACACAAUGCAUGCAGACUUGGUUUCGAAGAUGUUGUUCGGACCCUUCUCACUCCAGUCAGAUAUGAAGAAACUUACCAGAACAGUUAUGACAUCCCCCUGCAGUGCAUUCCUCAAGAUCUGGAGUCCAAAAACUAUGAAGGUUUGACAUGUCUCCAUCUGGCUGCAAUAGGUGGACACAUAAACGUCAUGAGACUCCUGCUUUUUGCUGGUGCCAAUGUCAAUGCUGCUGAAGGGAAAGGUGGCCGCACCGUGCUGCACCUUGCUGCCGACUGGGGACACAUUGAGAUGAUGAAGUUCUUGUUGUCACGGCGCGACAUUUUCAUUGAUGCCAAGACUUACGCCGGCCUCACUCCAAUCUUACUCGCUUACGGACGCAAGCACGAGGAUGCAGUUGCUGAACUGUUCAGCAGAGGAGCUUCUUGUACAACACUGUUGCUGACAGAGGAGUCCGAUGGGGAUACCUCUGAUGAAGAAAUGGUUGAUGAGUCUCUUUACAAUCACCGUCACAAUGCUGGACGAGGACGAGGUUUUCAGCUGACGAACCGUUAAAAGUACUCUUGUUGAUACAACAGUGAACUACUCCACACGCUGAUUUGUCUCACUAGGGACAAGAUUGGUGGGACAUCCGCCCCCGGAUCAGCCAUGGACAUAACUGUCCCAAGCGACUGGCAGGCUUACCAGAGAUGAACACAGCAUCGGAUCACUGGAAUAGAGAUCUCCAUUUAUUUUUUUUUUCACUUCUAAGAAAAUUAAUUUUUUCCUUUCUUCUUUGAGUACUUUAUUUGUCCUUUUAUCAAAUGAAAAAAGAUUAAUUUGUUUCCUCAAGCAUUGUAAAGGUAAAAUUUAUUACCGUAAAAAGUUUUAGUAUGACAGAAAGGCUCUCUUUACAAUUGAAUAAAGAUACAGACAGAUAAAGGAUUUAUCAUGUCAAUAGAAGAAUUUAGAAAGGGUUGGGGGGGGGGGGAUGCUUUCACUCUUUGGAUUGGGAUUGCAGUUCUGGAUUUGAUUUGAUUUUUAGCAACAUUGGACAAAAUACCACCAACCUUGCUUUGCAAAAAUUGAAAGUAUGGAUCACUCAGGGAGGAGUAUUUGUGAUAUUUGAGCUAUAUCUGAAUAUCAGUGAAAAUUCAAUUUGCAGCUCUUUGUUUCUUCAACAUUUUUUAUCCACCUGACAGUUGAUCAGUGGGUUCAACUGUUGUUUUUUUUCCUUUUGUUUUUUGUUUUUUGCUGCAAGCUGCUAGUAAUGAAUACAAGCCAGGCGAGGUGUCUAAAAUGAGUCUCUAAUGUUAAAAAUAUAAUAAGAGCUCAAUUGUAAUUGUACUUUUAGUUUGUGGCAAUGGAGGAGUGGUUAAGCUAGAUUGAGAAGCCACAGGGAAUAGCUUACCGUAGCUAUUUUUCACGAGAUUUGUGAGCAGACUUGCAGGGCUUUCAAUCCAGGAAGAGCCUUUUAAGAUUUCUUGAGGCCAAUGAAGCAGGUCUGUUAGAAUUUUGUAAAUACAGGUUUAUUAAAAAUACUGAGGUUGUGAUUUUUUAAAUCUAAUUUUAUUCAAUUAGGCUGUCACAACCUCUGCUUGUAAUUUAUUUUUAUUGUUGUUGUUAUUGUUUUUUUUAACACUUUUUCAUGGAUGUUUAUUUCAUUGCCUGUCAUGUUAAAUGAGACGAAGAUUUAUAAGUGGCUGAAAAUUUCAAAUGAACUCCAUUGAAUUGUGUGACUGCUGUCUGCUGAACGCUUACGUCUGUUGGCCUGAGUGAUGUGUCCGUUCUUUUUAUGAGGUUGUUUGCGAAAUCAAGUUACUUUUCAACUGUUUCUGCGAAUAGGGCAAUAUUUUUUUUUUUUAAAAAUACAAUUGACAUGAGCGAUAUUGGAGUGUGUUAAAAGGUUUGUCCUGUCUUUGGUGCAGUUUUUUCUUUCUAGUUCCACAUCACCGUUUGUCAAGAAAAGGACGUAAGGCCUACCCCAUGAUUCUUGUUUGAGGAGUUCCUUCACAGUAUGAUUUGCCAUGCUUCUGAAAAUAACAUUUUACAGUUGAAGUGAGACAAAAAUAUAAAAAUUAUCUCAUGUCAUCAUGUUUCAUUUUCUUAUAUUCAAGCAUUGAUUAGUUGUGAGAAAACCGCUUGUCCAUCUUGAACUUCGUUUUAAAGUACAUUAUGUUCUUGUCAGUGUAUUGUCAGGUAUACCGUAUGAAGGAAGCAGACCUUUCUUUUUUUUUUUUUGAACUAAAGAGUAUUCCAGUCACUUCAAACUGUUUUCAGUAGUUCAAGAAGUGCACCAAAGAUAUGAUUAAAUUUAUGCAUAGCUGUUGCUUUUCUCAAGUGCGAAGUAAGUUACUGACGAUAUGAUUGUUAUUUAUUUCUUUGCAUGAAAGUUUAAAAGAUUGGACCAUUGCAUCCAGUGCAAAUAAAAGUGACUGUAAAUACUGUACAGACCAUUGAAAACUACCAGUGGCAGACAUUCAUGAGCAGUUGAUCUCGUGGGUUGUCAUGCAAAUGAUUUGUAUCAUCAUUUAUCCAGUAGUCAUCUGUACAUCUUUAGCCAUUUCUAGCCAUUAAAAUGACCUUGCAAUUCUUAA